AUGGGGUACUGGAAUGCGAAGGUUGUUCCCAAGUUCAAGAAGUUAUUCGAGAAGAAUAGUGCUAAGAAGGCUGCUGCUGCUGAAGCUAGCAAGACCUUUGAUGAGUCUAAGGAAGCAAUCAACAAGGAAAUUGAAGAGAAAAAGACAGAACUCCAACCAAAGGUCGUGGAAACCUAUGAGGCCACGUCUGCCGAAGUCAAGGCUUUGGUGAGAGACCCUAAGGAGGCUGGUUUGAAGAAGAACUCAGCGGCUGUGCUGAAGUAUCUCGAGGAGCUUGUCAAAAUUGAAUUCCCCGGAUCAACGGCUGUGAGAGACGCUACGUCUAGCUAUGGGGCUGGCUAUGUCGCAGGACCAGUCACGUUCAUAUUCGAGAAGAUAAGUGUGUUCCUUCCGGAGGAGGUGAAGACGCGAGAAUUGCCCGUGGAGGAAGUGAAAGCCGAAGAGCCGGCCAAAACCGAAGAGCCAGCCAAAACCGAAGAAACAAGUGGUGAGAAGGAGAAAGAGAUUGUUGAAGAGACCAAGAAAGAAGAGACCGUUACAGCCCCGGUCGUGGAGGAGAAGAAACCGGAGGUAGAGAAGCCGGUUGAAGAAGAGAAAAAAGAAGAAACUACUCCGGCUCCGGCGGUAGUUGAAGCUCCGGUUAAGGCACCGGAAACAACAACGGCAGCACCAGUGGCCGAGCCACCAAAGCCUUGA